AUGUCCGGACAAGAGGAACGUCAUGGCACCAAAGCCAUUCUCUGCUCAAAGAGCUGGUCCGAGGAAGACGCCCUUCGUGCUUUGGAUGCUGAGUUCUGGUGUAGAAACAAGGCACACGAUCCAGAGAAUUUCGUCCCAGGAGUGUCCACUAUACUGGUAGGUGACCCAGGCUAUGAGUUUUGGCUUGAGCUGCGCGCCAAGAUUCAACUAUACUUUCAAGCUGCUUUAGCUUCUCCAGGCAGCCAAGGAAAUUGGCAUCCUAUGACUAGAAAGACCAUUAAGACAGCACUUUUGGCUGUGCGUGCCUCCUAUGACGACCAAUAUGUCGAUGUUGAUGGAGAGCGAGUGCCCUGGAAACUGGCACUACCUGACAGAGCGGAUUGGAUCGUCGACCGAGAUGAUGCCUCUAUACGGGGAGAUGAUGAAGAUGAUGCCUCCAUCAAGAACGAUGAUGACCUCUCGAGUCUGAAGACAGAAAUCGAGAAUCAACAAGGACAGAUUGGACAGCAACGCGACGAAUUUAAUCAGCUGCAGUCCAAAGUCGAACACCUCGAGGAAGAAGGCAGAACUCAACAAACUGGCCUGGAAGGACUUGAGGGUGACUACCGUCGCCUUAAAGAAAAGUCAGAUGAGCAAGCCAAGGAGAUGGAACAACUUCGAUCUACGAUUGUUGGCUUGACAAAGAAGGUGGAUAAGCUCCAGGCACACAUUGAUGGACAAGAGGAGCUUCACAAGAAACAUAUGGAUGAGGUACUAAAGCUCAGUUCUAUGUUUACGGCCUCCAUGGAGGAGAUCAAGAGCUUGAAAUCUUCCAACCUCCAUCAACCACCAGCUGGUGAGUCCAGUUGCCACGACAAGUGA